AUGUACGCCAAGAAGGCUCUUUCCGUCAUCGCCUCGCUCGCUCUCGCUGAGCAGGCCCUGGGCUUUAACGCUCAUCGCCACAUGCACCAGGAGAAGCGUGCUUACAAGUACGACAUCGUCACUGAAUGGGUCACUGUCACCAUCAUCGAGGGCGAGUCUGCCCCUGCCAGCACUCCCACUCCGACUCCUACCCCUGCUGCUGCCCAACCUGAGGUCCAGUACACCCCGACCACCACCUCGACUUCCAUCGUCGUGAUCUCGACCCCCACCCCGGUCAUCGCUGCUCUUAGCACUACUUCCAUUCCCACUCCGGCGGCUCCCAGCACCACUCUGGUCACUUCGGUUGCCCCCAAGCCCUCUUCCCAGGCUCCCAUCAUUGAGCAGGCUAUUGCCGUCUCCUCUGCGCCCGCCUCUUCCCAGGCUGCCGUCAUGGAGCAGGCUGUUGCCGUCUCUUCUACUCCCGUCUCUUCUGCCAAGGUUGCUACUGCUAGCACCAGCUCUGCUUCCACCGGUGGCAAGCGCGGUAUCGCUUACAACGAUCCUACCAAGGUCAACGCCUUCUUCACCGGCUCUUGCAAGGACUGCUCGUGGGCUUACAACUGGGACUCGAGCGACAACGGCCUCACCGCUUCCGGCGUCGACUUCGUCCCCAUGCUCUGGGGCCCCAUCGACACCCACACCGCCCGCUGGACCGAGAAUGCCGACGCCGCCAUCGCCAAGGGCUCUACUCACAUUCUGAGUUUCAACGAGUGUGACAAUGCCGCCCAGUGCAACCUCGACGCCGGCUCUGCCGCCACCGCUCACGUCAAGUACAUCAACCCCUAUUCCGGAAAGGUUAAGAUCGGUGCCCCUGCCAUCACCAACAGCAACAUUGCCGGUGAGGGUCUCGACUGGCUCAAGUCCUGGGUUUCCGCUUGCAACACCGCUGGCUGCGCCUACGACUUCUGCGUCACCCACUGGUACUCCCCCUCGGACGCCGCUUCCACCCUUUUUGACCACCUCCAGUCGGUCCACGAGAUCUGUGGCGGCAAGCCCGUCUGGCUCACCGAGUUUGCCCCCUUCGGCAGCAGCGACCAGAUCACCAGCUUCGUCCAGACCAACGUCCCCAAGUUGGACAGUCUCGAGUACCUCGACCGCUACUCCUACUUCAUGGCCAGCGACGGCGUUCUCAACUCCGGCUCUGGCCUCAGCGCUCUUGGCCAGGCCUAUGCCUCUGCCUAA